GAAAGGAAGUAAACCACGCUUUCCGGUUUUACCGAAGAACUCAAGAACUUGAAAAUGGCAGGGGUCAUCGGGAAAAGUUUGUUGUCAGUCGCAAAAAGGAUUGUCAGUCCUAGCUCUGCUCAAAUUUUGAAGUCAAAAUUUCCCAUGUCACCAAGCGGUGGAAUGGUUACCCUUAAUGCCCCGAGAAAUUUAUGGCAUUUGUCCUGCUCGAGUUGGGACGUGACAACAAUUUCAUCACGUUUGGUUCCUGCAUCACACACAUGUGGCUGCCGGUGCCAACUUCAUACAGAAGUUGAUGGAGCUAUAUCAAAGUUUUUAGAUAAAGAAAUAAAACUAGAAGAAACUUCUAAAUCCAACCAAAAAUUACCAACAGUAAAAGGUUUUGAAUUAUCUAAAUCAGAUGGAAGUGAUGUAGAAUUAGUUAAGCAAAGUGGAAAUGAAAAAGUUACAGUAAAAUUUAAUGUGAAUGCAUCAGUGGAUUCUGAUCAUCCCCCAGCUGUUGAAGGCCAAAGUGAGGAAGCUACCGAUAUGGUUUCUAGACCAAGUUUUACUGUUGAAUUAAAUAAGGGAGACAACCAGAUUUUAGCUGUUCACUGUUAUUUCCCUGAAGAUGGUAUGGUAGAUGAUGCCAGUCAAGAAGGUACAGAAUCGAUUGAAGAUUUAUUUGAAAUACAAGAAGUUGCUUUAUACAGUGGGGAAUGGAGUGACUCUGUUUAUAGCUUACAGGCUGAAACAAUGGAUGGCAAUUUAUAUGAUUUAAUAAUGGAUAUGUUAGAUGAACGAGGUAUUAAUGACGAGUUUGUUAAUGAUCUUAUUGAAUUCAGCACAGUGUAUGAACAUGGAAAAUAUAUCGGUUUUCUUAAAAAUAUGAAAUCAUUUGUUGAUAAAAACUAAACUAAUAACAUUUAUCAAAUGUUUAUAUUUGUCAUAAGUAAAAUCAGUGGUGUCAAUGUAUCAUUGUCAGCAGAAGGGAUAACAGUUUUAUUUUGUUUGAAUAGCUAGACAUAGAAAUAAUUGCAACAAACGAAUACCAUGUAGUAUUGUAUGGGAAGACCAGUGAAUAUGUUUCCGAACCUCUAGGACAUAACAUACAUCUAUAAAUAGGUAUAUUGAAUAGUAUGUGCCUGUGAGAAUUGCCCUUACUACACUAAUGUUAAAGACAUACUAUACUAUCACCCACCAAGGAAAAAAUUUAAUUUGAAUAAUUUCAUUCAAAGUACCUUUAAGCUCUCCUUAUUACCCAAGAUCUGAGCACUGACAGCUUACAGAAAGAUAUUGUGCGAUAGCGUUCUUCUUUGAAUCCAACUAAAAAAUGUGCAUGACAUGUAUAUUGACAUUUUACCAGAUCACGAUUGAAUUUCAUUUUUAAAUAUCAUUUUCAAAUUAGUACUGGUACUAAUAGUAAGCUAAAUGUUUGUAUUUGGUUUGAAAGAAUGCCAUUUGUAAUGGUUGAAUGACAUAAAUUUUUGUAUAUUUUAUACAUGUAAACAAAGGCUUUACAAACAAUAUGUAACAUUUACUGUGAACAAAUUACAAUUUACUUUUUGUAUUUUACACUAGUUGAUUGCUAUAUCAAUUUCAUAUAUAGUACAUCAGACAUCUAAAAUAUUGGUUUAGAUCUGGCAAAAACUCAGCAAAGGGAGCAAAUAUCAAUAAUUAAGUUUGGACGUGUUAUAGAAGAGAAAAUGUUGUAUGCAUGUUAUAAAAUUAGAAGAUUUGAGAUGUAGAAUAGAUAGUAUAAACUGUGAUUCUUCUCUGAUACAUAUAAUCUGAUUUAUAUAAAUAAACUGUAAAACAAAUCAACUUA